CUCCAACUUGCCGCGGUCUGCUCUGCAGAGGCGCGGACAGUGGACAACGCGCACUGGGCGCGCUGGGAGCGCGGGCCCCGCGCGGCCCCCGAGCUGCUGAUAACUCUGCGCGUGGCCCUCACGCCCCGCAAGAGCGACGAGCAAUUGGGACAGCUAGUGGCGGCCGUGACGGACCCUGCGUCGCCGCUGUACGGACAGCACCUGGCCAGCUCGGAGCAGCUCCGGAAGCACUUCGCGCCGCCGGACGCCAGUCUCCGGAGCUUCCAGCAGGUCGUGCAGGACGCCCAAGUGCUGCGGGCCGAGCCGGCGGGCGCGGUGCAAGAUUUGUGGCACCUGGAGCUCGCGGUGGCUGCGGCGGAGCGACUUUUCGGCACCAAAAUGUUCCACUACACGCACCGCCAACGCUCCGGGCUGUCGGUGGUCCGUCCUGAAGAGAGCUACAGCAUCCCUCAGGAGCUGGAGGGGGUCGUGACCUACGUGGACGGACUCGAGAGUUUCCCGACGGAAAUGCAGGCCAAGUUCAUGCAGGGAGGAGGCACGGACGAGAAGGACCCGUUCGCUGUCAGGGAGCAACCCUUCGCGAACGACUUCUUCGUUGGGACGAGCGGGGCGACGCCGGCUGUGAUCCGUGAGCAGUACGACAUUCCGGAGAAGCUCACAGUCAACUCGAGCACCUAUGGCGUGGCUGAAGAGAGCGCGCGGACGGACCAGGUGGAUCGCUACAAGCUCGUGGUGGGCACGUUCCUGCACGAAUUCUACAACGAGAUGGAUCUGAACCAAUUCCUGCGCACGAUCGACGGACAGCACCAAACUUUCAAGAUGCCGACGACGACGGGGCCGUGCACGACUCAAGGCCCCACUGGUGAGGCGUCCUUGGAUAUCCAGGUGACGGCAGGUCUGACGGCGCAUGAGACUGGAGAUGCCUCAACCAUCGAGAUGCUGUGUUACACGCAGCUCCGAGACCAGGCAAGAGGCUACGCUCCAGACAACCAGGAGCCGUUCUUCACCUUUAUGCAGGACGUGAACGCGAUGCAGCCCCCACCCGCCGUCGUGUCCAUCAGCUACACGGACGACGAGUGCAGCGUACCGGUCGCGUACGCCGAAGCGGUGAACCGCGAGCUCAUGAAGGCAGCUCUCCGUGGCAUUUCGAUCCUGGUCUCUGCAGGUGACGCCGGCGUUCGAGGCAGCCACCUGGCUGACGGCUUCUGUCGCGUGCCAACAUGCUCCAAGUUUAUGGCCAUGUUCCCAGCGUCGUCGCCGUACGUGACAGCGGUAGGAGCUACGACCAUCGCCACGGGCUCUGCUCGAGAGGCCAACGGGAAGUGGAAGGAGGCCGUGACUUCCACUGCUCAAGCUCGGGCGCUCAUCACAUCUGGCGGUGGAUUUAGCGACCUCUACGACAUGCCCGAGUACCAACGCAAAGCUGUGGGUCCUUACAUGGACUUCGCUAACUCGUCUGGGCUCUCACCAUAUUUCAGAGACACCGGAAGAGCACUUCCGGAUAUCGCAGCGGUGGGGCACGCCUUCCCUGUGGUUGUCAACGGCGCGGUGGGUGCGACGGAUGGCACAUCUGUGUCUGCCCCUGUGGUGGCCUCGAUGAUCGCGCUGCUCAAUCGGGCGCUGCCCAACCUGCCGCCACUCGGGUUCCUGAACCCACUGCUCUAUCGGCUGUAUGAUGUGUGCCCUCAAGUGUUCGCCGACAUCACCCACGGCGACAUCUCGUGCGGUUCGAGAGGGAUGCAGUGCUGCAGCAAAGGGCACAUGGCCACUACUGGAUGGGACGCAGCUUCGGGUCUUGGAACGCUCCGCUUCUCUACGAUGCUGAAGAACCUCCCCGAUUGCUUGGCGCGCAUUAGAGCGUCAAACGAUUUUGCUGCCGCCGAGCAAAUGGCUACGAUGUUGCUGGACGAGGAGCCUGACGUCGAGUCUGCGAUCCACAUGAAGAGCUGGACGGCGGGCGAGCAACAAGCCACUCGCUUCCUGGGCGUCGUCGGUCUGAUUGGUGCUGUCACUUUGGUCGGCGUAUUGGUGGCUCUGCGCGAGAGGCUCUUUUUGGACUCGAGUGAUCCCCAGAGAGCAGGCUCGAGGCGGUAUGGCUCUUGUGCUGCUCACGACUCAGCACGCGAAUACUUGCUCUCUCAC